UGGAAAAUCACGCCGAUCAUUCCAGCCGAAUCGCUCGAUCGUACAGAGUUGAGUCAAUCGCGAGACGGAGUGUUUUAUUUGUUUCGAAAAAAUGGCCAAACCAUUCUUUUUGGGCUUGAUUUUUUUUGUUUUAUUUCAACAGUGUUUGUGUAGUCCAGCAUUUCGAGAGCAUGAAACUGCUGGAGCACGGGUUAAGCGCCAGUUUUCGCUUAACUUUGGCGCGACCCAUCAGCAAGACGAGGGCACGGACGUGACGGGUGAGGCCAUCGCACGGCUGUGGCGCAGCCAAAGCGGAAACACCGAGGUGCAAGGUUCGGCCAGCUACAACCAGCACUUUGGAGGAUUCGCAGGAGAUGGACCCGACUAUCGUCUCAAACUAAAGGUGGUGUUCAGUUAGCAAGGCUUUCUCUAGUGAUGAAUCAACAAAACUGUUCAGCCAGUUAUCGAGCACGAACCCAGCUCACCUCUAUUUACAACCAAUUUCUAGUGUUGAACGAUUUUAUAGAAUAAUAAAGAUAUUAGUUUCUCAAUCAA